AUGUACACGCAACCAGUUUACGACCAACGUGAACGCUCGUUUACGACCCCGUCAGCGCCUCCGGACGUCCCGAGCUACCAAACGCCAGCCCCAGACCGUCGGGGCUCGCUACCGAGCCAGCACCGCUUCGUCCAGCCUCCGUACAUGCAGCAACCGCAGCAGCGUGGCCUCUAUCCGGACAUUGGACAGCAUACCCGCCCCUCUGCCCCGUCCAGAGGCUCAUUCAGCCAGCACCAAUCGCAGCAACAACAACAACGGCAGCAGCAACAGCAACCGUACUACAGCAGCCCUCACGAGCAAAAUCCUUACGUCCUCCCACUCCGAUCGAGCCAGGUGUUUGCUCCUCCAGACUCAGUGCAGCAGCCACCUGCCUGUCUUCAGCGUGAACCGACGCUUUACGGCGGCUACGGACCGGUGCAGCCACGCAGCUUCUCGUCAUCUUCAAGUCCAAUAGCUUUGACGCCGGACGGAAUACCCUUGAUGCCGUCGAGCGUCGUGGAACUUCGAUUUCGCUGCAAGGGACUGAAGAAGUCUGACUUUUUGAGUCACUCGGAUCCUUUCAUCGUGCUUUAUAUGCAGAUGGAUCAGACGAAGGGAUGGCAGGAACUUGGACGCACGGAAUGUAUUCGCAACACGCCGGACCCGGUCUUCGUCCAGUCUUUGCAAUUGGAUUUCUUUUUUGAAGAGGUCCAGAGACUACGGAUCGAGGUCUUUGACCGUGACAGUGCGUCUGAAAGGUUAUCGGACCAUGAUUUUCUUGGGUGUGUAGAGAUUACGAUGGGGCAAUUGAUGUCCGCCAAGGGUCAGUCGGUAGUCCUCAAGCUGUUACACAAUGACAAUGGUAGAGGACGCGUGCGCAAUUUAUCUGGUCAUGUGGUGAUAGAAGCUGCAGAAGUUUCGACAUGCGCUGACAUGGUCAACGUUGUGUUUACUGCAAACAAGUUGGACAACAAGGACGGCUGGUUCGGUGCUUCGGAUCCGUUUCUCAAUAUAUAUCGACUCCGCGAUGAAAAUGCUGACCCGCUUGCAUCUACGUCCUGGGUUCUGGUGUGGCGCAGCGAGGUCGUUAUGAACAACUGUAACCCGAAAUGGCGUCGCGAGACUCUGAGCGUCCAAUCUCUUUGCAAUGGAAACUUGUCGUUAUUGCUCAAGAUCGAGUGCAUGGACUGGGAAAAAAGCGGGAAACAUCAAUUUAUCGGCAGCUGUACUGUAAAGGCCGCAGUAUUCGUGUCCGGAGAGCUCUGCAGCAUGGAACUUAUCAAUCGCGACAGGCAAGCUAAGAAGGGAAAGAGAUACACAAAUUCAGGUGUCUUGGUUUUGGAACAGAUCGAACACUACAAACGGCAUACAUUUGCAGAGUACCUGCGCGGGGGCUGCGAAGUUAGCUUGAUCGUUGGCAUCGACUACACAGCUUCAAAUGGUAACUACUUGGACCCUACAAGUUUGCACCACAUCGGAGCAAGUAGUCAAGGUCACAUGAACGAUUACCAAUCUGCUAUAUCUGCGACUGGAGCGAUUUUGGAGCCUUACGAUUCCGAUAAGCGUUUCCCGGUGUACGGUUUCGGUGGACUGGUUAAUGGAGCCGUGAAUCACUGCUUUCCGUUGACGUUCGAUCCUUUGCAGCCGGAAGUGGAGGGUGUUGGAGGGAUUUUGAGUGCGUACUAUAAUUCCCUCCAAUUCGUGCAGCUGCAUGGUCCGACUAUGUUCGCACCUAUUGUGCGCCAAGCAGCAGCUAUUGCUCAAGCGUUCUCAGCGCCGGCCGAACAAGGUGGACAUCUCAAGUACUUUGUGCUACUCAUUAUCACAGAUGGGGCUAUCAUGGACAUGCAGCAAACGAUUGACGAGCUGGUGCAGGCUUCAACUUUUCCGUUGUCCAUCGUGAUUGUCGCGGUGGGCAACGCUAACUUCACGGCUAUGAAAGCUCUUGAUGCCGACGAUAAGGUCUUGGUUGACUCGAGCGGGUGCAAAGCUAUGCGUGAUAUUGUUCAGUUUGUCCCAUUCAAUCAAUUCCGUCGCAAUCCCGCAAGACUGGCCAAGGAAACACUUGCUGAGAUUCCAACACAAUUAUUGCAGUACUACAAAGUGAAGGGUAUCCAGCCUCGGACGCCUCUACAGCGCCAAGGAACCAGCUACUUGGCUCGUGGCGCCGUCAGUGGCAGAAUGGCGAACGCACUGGAUAUGGAGACAUACUAG